AUGACGUCACCGGUCGAUGACGUGUCGCCUUGUUGACAGCGGCGCGUGCACAGAAAUGGCUGUGGACAUCACUCUGCUUUUUAAAGCCAGCGUGAAGACAGUGAAGACCAGAAACAAGGCGAUAGGGAUCGGGUUCGACUCGACGAAAGAUGAGAUUUUCAAAAGAAGCAGAACGAAGAGCGGCUUCACCCAGAGAGCGAAAGAAGUGAUCACGAAUAUCACCAAGCUCAAAGACUUUCUGCUUCAACACCGAAAAGAUUACAUAAGUGCUGGAAGCCUCAUUUCAUCGGAUCUGACACGUAUGACGGACGGGGAGCGGGACCAGAUUGACCAGGAUGCUCAGAUCUUCAUGAGGACUUGUUCAGAAGCCAUCAAGCAGCUUCGCGGUGAAGUGGAGAAGCAGGCGGCACCAGCUCAGAUUAAGGAGCACAGAGGAUCCGUGCUGGACCUCGUAGAGACUUACCUGAAAGGAGUCUGCAAAGUGUACUCCGAGCAAAGAGCAAUCCGAGUGAAGAGGAUGGUGGACAAGAAAAGGCUGUCACGGCUGACACCCGAGCGGUCCAGUCGACCAGAGAAAACUCUGGAGGUGGCGCCCACAGAGGAGAAAACGAUUAUUGAAGAAAGUUCAGAGAAGAGCAUAUCAGAGGUCCAAGGCAGCGCUGUCAGCUUGUGGGAAGAGGGCAGAGUGGAGGAUGAGCUAUCUCCUGAGGAGAUCCAGAUGUUUGAACAAGAGAACCAGAGGUUGGUCAGUGAGAUGAGCAGCCUGGUGGAUGAAGUGAGGCAAAUCGAGGGGAAGGUGGUGGAGAUUUCACGACUUCAGGAAAUCUUUGCAGAGAAAGUGCUGCAGCAGGAAAGUGAAAUAGACAACAUUCAUCAGCUUGUUGUUGGUGCAACAGAAAACGUUAAGGAAGGAAACGAAGACAUUCGGGAGGCGAUAAAAAACAACGCUGGCUUCAGAGUGUGGAUCCUCUUCUUCCUGGUGAUGUGCUCCUUCUCUCUCCUCUUCCUGGACUGGUAUGACAGUUAACGCUGGACUGUGGCCACGAGCUGGAACAUCUGAUGUGAAGACGGCACCGGGACCGAACGUUCAGCUUAGUGUGGUGGACGGCGAGGCAGUUUGUGCGUCACCAACGCUGAUCUGUGUCCUGUGCUGUCAGGUUAGCUGUGAUGCAUCCGUUUUGACGAUAUUCAGAUGGAAGGAAGAGCGUUUCUGUUUCGACAAGUUCUUCGUUGAGUGUCACUGCAACAGGAAACGCACAAAAGCUGCUCUGCACAAAAGCUUUUUGUUUUUUUUUUUGCACUAAUCCUUUUCACAGCUUAGUAUCUCGUAUUGUAGAUCUGCCUUUUCACGAAGACAAAUGCUAGAAAAACAGCAUCAAAAUCUAUUACUUCUGGUAAAACCAAUCCUAAAAUGAUUUCUCUGUUAAUUCCAGAACGAGUUUACAGAAAUCUGCAUGCAGGAAAUCAGUGUGGUAGUUUGGUUGCUUCUUAAAUCUACUGAUCCCCUAAUUAAAUUCAUUUUAAUUCUUGUCACAGCGUUAAAGAGGAAUAAAACACUUCAAUUUGUGUUGUCUCUUCAGCUCCUAAAAAGGAUUUUCACUCUUAAAAAUUAAAGAAAAGCAGAACCUUGAGUUUGAAA